UGCCAGAGACAAAUUGAAAUUGAAUGAAACUUUGACUUGACAGUGACAGCAAGUGAUUCCCUUCUCUUUCUUUUCAAAACUUGACUGAAGACGAAAAUAUGGCCACCUCCAAGAAGAAGACCAGGAAGCUACGAGGACACGUGAGCCAUGGCCACGGUCGCAUCGGAAAGCACCGCAAGCAUCCUGGAGGUCGCGGUAACGCUGGUGGUGAGCACCACCACAGAAUCAACAUGGACAAGUACCAUCCUGGAUACUUUGGCAAACUUGGUAUGAGGAAUUACCAUGAGAGGAAAAACAAGCUGUUCAACCCUGUAUUGAACCUGGACAAACUAUGGACCCUGGUGUCUGAGCAGUCCCGCCUCAAGUACGCCACAGCCACCGACGGCAAAGUACCCGUCAUCAACAUUGUCAAGGCUGGUUACUACAAGUUACUAGGCAAAGGCAAGCUCCCCAAGCAGCCCGUCAUAGUUAAGGCUAAGUUCUUCUCCAAAACAGCUGAGAAGAAGAUCAAGGCUGUAGGAGGAGUCUGCGUUUUGUCUGCGUAAUUUAAGUAUACAUUAAAAAUCUAAAAUCCA